AAGGUUGGCGGGGGUCACUGUAUAAAAGCAAAGCGCACGGCAGUGAUUGGCAAUCGCACUCCAUCAACUGUGACGGAUUAGAGAAGGAAGCAGAGAAGAGCUGCUGGUGGAGCCAAAGACACGAAAGGAUCUAUAUCUGGUGCAGUCAUGUCAAAAGUGUUUAAGAAGACCAGCGGGAAUGGAACCAUCGCCUUAUACUUGGGGAAGAGAGACUUUGUGGACCAUGUGGAUCGUGUCGACGUAGUUGAUGGGAUUGUUAAGGUGGACCCCUCUGGUUUAGAUGGAAGAAAAGUAUUUGUCUACCUCGCCUGUGCCUUCCGCUAUGGAAGUGACGACCUGGAUGUUAUCGGACUCUCCUUCAGGAGAGACAUCUGGAUGAAGAAGGUCCAGGUGUAUCCGGCUGCCGAUGGAAACCCGACAAAGACGCCAAUGCAGGAAUCCCUCCUGAAAAAAGUUGGAGAGCAAGGAUGUCCUUUCUCUUUCCAGAUGCCAACAAAUCUUCCAUGCUCAGUCUCUUUACAUCCAGGGCCGAACGAUAAUGGCAAGUUUCUGUCACAGGCUUGUGGAGUGGAUUUUGAGGUCAAAGCAUACAUUGCCAAAGAAGCUAGCAAUGCAGAUGAAGUCAUUGACAAAAAGGAUACCUGCCGCUUGAUGAUUCGCAAAAUACAGUUCGCGCCGACGAACAAAGCCGGACCGAAGGUCGAGCUCUCCAAACAGUUUAUGAUGAGCGACAAACCAAUUCAUAUUGAGGCCUCUCUUGAAAAAGAGAUUUACUACCAUGGAGACGCAAUCACUGUCACUGUGAAAAUCAACAACGAAACCCCAAAGACUGUCAAAAAAAUCAAAGUCGCAGUGGAUCAGCUAACAAGCGUUGUCCUCUACUCAUCUGACACCUACACCAAGGAGGUCUGCUCUGAGGAGUUUGGAGAGAACAUAACUGCAAACUCUACAUUUGAGAAGGCCUAUCAAAUUACCCCCCUGCUGUCGAACAAUAAGGAAAAACGAGGGCUUGCCGUCGAUGGGAAGCUGAAAGAUGAGGACACCAACCUUGCAUCCACAACGCUGAGCCAAGGGGACAAGGAGAUGCAGGGAAUCAUCAUCCACUACAAAGUCAAAGUUACCGUAACAGCGUCUGGAGGAGGAUUGCUCGGCGGCCUGACUGGAAGUGAUGUUGUUGUGGAACUUCCUUUAACUCUGAUGUCCCCAAAACCUGCAGGUUAGUGAAUUUUUUACAUGAACUAGAAAAUUAAAUGUUUAGUGACAACUAACCUGAUCAUUCUCCACUUUUUGUCCCAUUUACUGCAUGUUGUUGUGGUUCAUCGAGCAGAAAUGUAAGUCUCAUUUCAACCCCAAAUUAUGAAUAAAAAACAUCUAUGAUGCAAUUACAUGUUUGAAAGCAAAUUUGCAUACUUAAAGAAAGUACCCCUAAAACUAAAUGCAUUAAAAAACACCAUAGUAAUGGAAAAGAAACAUGCAUUUUAUUGUGAAAAUACCAAAAGUUUUGUUGUUGUUUGUUUUGUUUUUUUUUGUAAAUAUUUUUGCACAUAUUCUACAUAUAAAUUUGGUAUCCACUUUAUUUACAGAACGGAUGUCGCAGUUGAUGCCGUGGAAGCAUAAAAAAAAAGAAAAAUCAACAGGGAAAACCAAGGAACUCCUCACCAAUGAAGAACACAGACAGCACUGUUUCAUGCAAGCAAAGCAAUGUUCCUAUUUUCCAUGUACAUAUAAUUUUUUACUGUAAAUUACAUGUACAUUCAAUUCUGGAAAAAGUAUGUGUAACUUUUUUCUGAAUGUCAAUAUAUCUACCUGGAAAAUUGUUAAUUGUCCCUUAGUAUAGAGUCUACAGACUCU